GAAAGUGUAUGUGUGUGUAUAUAUAUAGGUUGUAGCGUUGGAUUAAAGUAAAAGGCUUCUAGAAGAUGAAUUACAAACUAAAAUUAGAUUCACGUAACAACCUCUAAAGCAAGCCUGUCAUGUACCCUAAUCCCACCCUAUAUAUGUGGCUUCUCCAUACUCACACAUAUAUGCAUACACACGCACCCAUCUCUUGAAGAUCUCAUUCAUAUCCCCCCUCCUCAUUCCUAGUUUAACAGUGUUUUUUUUUUUUUUUUCCCACAUAAUUCAGAAUUGACACAAACACACAUUUAUAUACAUAUAUUUAAUCUUGGAGAAGAAGAAUGAAGGAAGAAGAGAGGGGGACAGUGAAUGGAGAAGGAGGCGAAACCGGGAAGCUGGGAGAUCAAAGGGUUGCAUUUUACAGGCUAUUUUCGUUUGCAGACAGGUUCGAUAUUGCUUUGAUGAUCGUCGGCACGGUCUCUGCUAUAGCGAAUGGGAUGGCUCAGCCUGUCAUGACCUUGAUUUUCGGCACACUCAUCAACUCUUUCAGUAGCUCAGAUCCUUCACAUGUUGUCCAUGAAGUUUCAAAGGUAUCCCUGAGGUUUUUGUACUUGGCCUUCGCUUCGGGUAUUGCUUCAUUCCUACAGGUGACUGGUUGGAUAGUUACCGGGGAAAGGCAGGCAGAGCGCAUAAGGCGAUUGUACUUGAAAACAAUAUUAAGACAGGACAUUGCAUUCUUCGACACUGAAACUACCACCGGAGAGGUCAUUGGUAGAAUGUCUGGCGAUACAAUUCUCAUCCAAGAUGCUAUGGGUGAAAAGGUAGGAAAGUUCAUACAACUGAUGUCAACAUUUAUCGGAGGAUUUGCCAUUGCCUUUGCUAGAGGAUGGCUUCUCUCAUUAGUCUUGCUUACGUGCAUUCCCGCUCUAGUCAUUGCCGGUGGAGGCAUGGCCAUAAUCAUGACAAGAAUGUCUAGCCGUGGACAAGUUGCUUAUGCAGAGGCUGGAAAUGUUGUUGAACAAACGGUCGGAGGCAUUAGAACAGUGGCAUCCUUCACCGGAGAGAAGCUAGCGAUAAAUAAGUACAACAGCAAACUGCAGAUUGCCUAUGCCGCUACUACUCAACAAGGGUUGGCUUCUGGGAUAGGACUCGGUACAAUGUUAGUAAUCAUUUUCAGUAGUUAUGGACUUGCCAUAUGGUAUGGAUCAAAACUGAUCAUCGACAAAGGAUACAAUGGCGGAGUAGUCAUUAAUGUCAUCAUGGCCAUCAUGACUGGUGGAAUGUCAUUGGGCCAGACAUCCCCGUGUUUGAAUUCAUUUGCUGCAGGGCAAGCAGCAGCAUACAAGAUGUUUGAGACAAUCAAGCGAAAACCACAGAUUGAUGCGUAUGACACAAGUGGGAUUGUAAUGGAAGAUAUAAAGGGCGAAAUUGAACUGAAAGACGUGCACUUCAGAUACCCAGCCAGGCCCGACGUUCAGAUAUUCUCUGGAUUCUCUUUACAGGUUCCAAGUGGCACAACCACAGCCUUAGUUGGGCAAAGUGGAAGCGGGAAAUCAACAGUUAUCAGCCUAUUGCAGAGAUUCUAUGACCCUGAAGCCGGUGAAGUGCUCAUAGAUGGUAUCAAUUUGAAGAAGUUUCAACUCAAAUGGAUAAGAGAGAAAAUGGGUCUUGUUAGUCAAGAGCCUAUUUUGUUUGGCACUACAAUAGGAGAGAAUAUAGCAUAUGGAAAGGAAAAUGCUACCAAUGAAGAGAUUAGAACAGCAAUAGAGCUUGCUAACGUGGCCAAGUUCAUCGACAAGCUUCCAAAGGGGCUUGACACUAUGGUAGGAGAGCAUGGAACCCAACUAUCUGGUGGACAAAAGCAAAGAAUAGCAAUUGCAAGAGCAAUUCUAAAGAACCCGAAAAUUCUUCUCCUUGAUGAAGCAACAAGCGCUCUAGACGCCGAGUCAGAACGUGUUGUACAAGAUGCGCUGACAAACAUUAUGUCAAACAGGACUACUGUGGUAGUUGCACACCGUCUGACAACAAUCAGAAAUGCCGACCUCAUAGCAGUGGUGCAGGAGGGGAAAAUCGUGGAACGAGGAACUCAUGGUGAGUUGAUCAAGGAUCCAGAAGGGGCUUACUCACAGCUCAUUCGCUUACAAGAAGGGACUAACAAAGUUGAAGAUCCGCGAAGGAGUGACAUAGAUAAUCUCGAUACAAUUCAGGAUGUAGACAUAACAAUGGGAAGGUCUGCAAGACAGAUAUUAUCCAUGAGAAGAUCCAUAAGCAGAGGUUCAUCAGGUAGCCAACGCUCUUUCAGAAUUAGCUUUGGACUACACGGCCCUAUUGGAAUCCAAACAGAUAUAGAAGGAGAGGAGAGUAGUAAAAGAAGUGAGACAGAUGAUAAGAAACGCCGCCAAGUGUCCAUUAAACGCCUAAUGUACCUAAACAAACCAGAGUUGCCGGUUUUGCUGCUUGGAUCCAUUGCUGCAGGCAUUAAUGGUGUGACCUUCCCUAUAUUUGGAUUCCUACUUUCAACAGCUAUUAAAAUUUUCUAUGAACCACACGAUGAGCUAAGAAAGGACUCAAGGUUUUGGGCACUUAUGUUUGUGGGACUCGGUGUUGUUAUUCUGUUUGUCGCACCAGUGCAGAAUUACUUCUUUGGAAUUGCAGGUGGUAAGUUGAUAAUGCGAAUUCGCGCCUUGACGUUUGAGAAGACUGUCCAUCAAGAAAUCAGUUGGUUUGAUAACCCUAAAAAUUCAAGUGGUGCAGUUGGAGCAAGGUUGUCUACUGAUGCUUCAACAGUGAGGAGUCUUGUGGGUGAUUCAUUGGCGCAAAUUGUACAGAACAUAACAACAAUUAUAGCAGGGCUUGUCAUAUCAUUCACAGCUAAUUGGAUGUUGGCACUCAUAAUUCUAUCUGUGUUGCCCUUGGUGGGAUUGCAAGGAUUCUUUCAAUUUAAAUUCUUAAAAGGGUUCAGUGAAGAUGCCAAGGUGAUGUAUGAAGAUGCGAGCCAAGUUGCAAACGAUGCCGUGGGCAGCAUUAGAACAGUUGCAUCAUUUUGUGCUGAAAAGAAAGUCAUAGAAAUGUAUAAAAACAAAUGUGAGGCCCCCAUGAAACAUGGAGUUAGGAUUGGACUUGUGAGUGGUAUUGGCUUUGGAUCUAGUCUUUUUGCACUCUACUGCACAUAUGCCUUCUGUUUCUACAUUGGAGCUGUUCUAGUGCAACAUGGGAAAGCUACUUUUGGGGAAGUUUUCAAGGUUUUCUUUGCUUUGACAAUUUCAGCAAUGGGUAUUUCCCAAACCACUGCUUUAGCCCCAGACACCAACAAAGCUAAGGACUCUGCUGCUUCUAUCUUUGAAAUUAUUGACAGCAAGCCCAAGAUUGAUUCAAGCAGCAAUGAAGGCACAACCCUGGCAACCAUAAAUGGAGAUAUUGAGUUCAAACAUGUCAGUUUCAAAUACCCAACACGACCCGAUGUUCAAAUUUUCAGAGAUUUAUGCUUAACCAUUCCUUCUGGAAAGACUGUUGCUCUUGUUGGGGAAAGUGGUAGCGGAAAGUCCACCGUAAUAAGCCUAAUUGAGAGGUUCUAUGAUCCCGAGUCCGGCCAUAUAUUUCUAGAUGGAGUGGAGAUCCAAAAGCUCAAACUGAGCUGGUUAAGGCAACAAAUGGGGUUGGUAAGUCAAGAACCAGUACUUUUCAAUGAAACGAUCCGGACUAACAUAGCUUAUGGGAAGAAAGGAGAGGCUGCAGAAGAAGAGAUCAUUGCAGCCACGAAAGCAGCGAAUGCACACAACUUCAUAUCGGCAUUGCCACAUGGCUAUGACACCAAUGUUGGGGAGAGAGGGGUUCAAUUAUCGGGCGGUCAGAAGCAACGGAUAGCCAUUGCAAGGGCAAUAGUGAAAGACCCUAAGAUCCUCUUACUUGACGAAGCAACGAGUGCGUUAGAUGCAGAGUCAGAGCGUGUGGUGCAAGAUGCAUUGGACAGAGUGAUGGUGAAUAGAACUACCAUUGUUGUCGCUCACCGGCUCACCACCAUUAGAGGUGCUGAUGUAAUAGCCGUUGUGAAGAAUGGGGUGAUAGCAGAGAAAGGAACACAUGAUGUGCUCAUGAAGAUCACUGAUGGUGCAUAUGCAUCUCUAGUGGCACUUCACAUUACAUCCUCAAAGUAGACACAAACCAUUGAUUGGCUCAAGCUGCUUCUUUUUUCUUUUCUUUUUUCCUUUCUCUUUUUUAAUCUCUGCUGAAAUCUUCCAUUGUUUCUGUUUUCUGUGAUAGUGUUUCGACUAUGAAUCAUCCCUCAAGUUUCCCAACAUGGAGACACACAAAAAUACACGUAGACUCAAUGACUUUCCAUUGAGUCAAUUUAUUGUUGAGUAAUUAUUUUGUUUUCAAUCUAUUGUUGUCAAUUUGACUGUUUGUAUU